CUUAAUUAAAUUUAGAAAAACAAAAUGAAAAAUGGUUUUGUGAUUUCAAUUUUAGUCAUUUUAAAAUUUAGUUUUUCUAUAAGUGAUGCAAAUGUUUUAUCAUUCGAUAAAAUUCGAGUGACACAAGAAAGUAAAGAAAAGAAACUUCAUAUUAACGGUUUUGAGGCGACGACAAGUUAUUGGAGAACGCAGGCACAAAAUAAGUUGAAAAGUCAACUUAAACACAAAGUUAACGAAAAUGUUGCUAAGAAUGUCAUAAUAUUUCUUGGGGAUGGAAUGUCAUUAUCGACUGUCACAGCAGCUCGAAUUUAUUUCGGACAGAAACAGGGACUUUCUGGAGAAGAAAGUCUACUUUCAUUUGAAAAAUUCCCUUACAUUGGUUUAUCGAAAACUUACUGCUAUGAUAAACAAACAGCUGACAGUGCAUGUUCUGCCACAGCUUAUCUUACUGGUGUCAAAGCAAACUAUGCAACAAUUGGUGUCAAUCCAAAAGUGCAACUAAAUGAUUGUGAAUCAAGUCGUAAUAAACUAAACCAAUUAAGCUCUAUAAUGAAUUGGGCACAAAACGCAAGAAAAGCAACUGGAAUUGUAACUAAUACUAGAAUUACUCAUGCGUCCCCUGCAGGAACGUAUGCACGAACAGCCAAUAGAGACUGGGAAAGUGAUGCUGAUAUGAAAGCUUUUCCUGAUGCCCGGAAAUGUUCUGAUAUUGCUAAACAAUUGAUUCGAGAAGAACCGGGAAAUUUAUUUAAUGUGAUUUAUGGAGGUGGUAGAAAAAAAAUUUUAUCCGAAAAAAUCAUAGACGAAGAAGGGCAGAGAGGACAACGUAUUGAUGGUCUUGAUCUUAUUGAUGAGUGGCUAACAAAUAAAAAUUCCCCGAAAGCUUAUUAUAUCCACAACUCUGAAGGCAUGAAUCAAAUGAAUCAUUCGAACGUGGAACACGUCUUAGGAUUAUUUGAAUCUGAUCACAUGAAAUUCCAUUUAGAUGCUGGGUCCGAUCAACCUUCUCUAAAAGAAAUGACUGCAUCUGCAAUAAAUGUGUUGAAAAAACAUGAAAAUGGUUUUGUUUUGUUUGUUGAAGGUGGCAGAAUUGAUCACGCACAUCAUCAAAAUUUCGCGAAACAUGCAUUGGAAGAGACUGUUGAAUUUUCUGAAGCAAUUCAAACUGGGAUUGAGAUGACAAGUGAAGAAGACACACUAAUAGUGGUUACAUCCGAUCAUGCUCAUACAAUGACCAUGAGUGGUUAUUCAAAGCGAGGACAAGACAUUCUCGGACUCAAUUCGGAAAUAUCGGAUGUUGAUAACUUACCCUAUAUGACUUUAUCUUAUGCAAAUGGACCGUCUGGUGUGAAGAAACGAUACAAAAUAAAAAAAGAUGAAAUGAAGUUCAACGAUUAUAGAUAUCCGUCUUUAGUUCCGCUGAAUUCUGAAACUCAUGGAGGUGACGAUGUUCCUAUUUACGCUAGAGGACCCCACUCUCAUUUGUUUACUGGCGUUCUUGAACAGAACACGAUUCCGCAUUUCAUCGCAUAUGCUGCUUGUAUUGGUGGCGGAUUAACAGUAUGCGACACGAGGUUGUGAAAGCAUUUUUAGACAAAAUGACAUUUCAAUUGUCAAGCGCUUGCAUCUAAUUUAAAACAUUUUUCUUCUAAAUUUUAUAGAUUAAUAAUAUUUGUAAAAGUAAAAAUAUUUUCCUCUGAAAAUACCUGAAAUUCUAAAUAGUUUUCAUAAAACUCUUCGAGUUUACAUUUGUAAAAAAUACAAGUUAAAGUGUUUAUUUCGAUGUGUUCUAUUUAAAAUGUAUAAUUACUUAUGUAGUAAUUGAAAGACAAAAAAUGUAAAUAAAAUAUUGAAAAUUGUAGCAUUUAACACGAAAUUGACAUUGACAUUCGGUUUGGCAAUAAAAGUGUAAAAUAAACUGAAUACAAUAACUCAGUCAAAUAGCUACCUGUUUAAGGAAAAUUUCUGUUGAUCUGAGUAAACACAAGUUAUCUCUUAAGCAUUAAAAUCACUUUAUAAACCAUAGCUGAAAUAUUUGGGUUUCAAUUGGUAUGUAUAUUUAAUAGCUUCGGUUCUGGGUGAAUAACUCGUCACACUUAUUCGCAAUUUUUUAAAGAUUUUGUUUUCAGCUUGAUAUGAAAUUAAGUGUAAGUUAUUUAAAAAAAACCAUAAAUAAUU